UUUACCUUCUAUAGAUGUUUUUUCUACAAAGACACAAGACACUCUCUCUCUCUCUCUUUCUCAGCUGUUGUGAUAAAAAAAUAUUGAUAGAGCUCUGACCGAACUGCAAAGGACGAACUUCGUGAAAAAAAUUGGUGCAGGACCAAAAAAAUAUCAUAAAAAAUAGGAAAAUUACAAACAAAUUAAAUCCAGAAAAUAACAAAGCGUAAAAACUGCGAGGAAACGUGACUCAGAAAAUGCUGUUCACGCGAAUUAUUCUACCAAUUCUGUUCGCUAUCGGAAUGGUGGCUAAUAUUGGAGCAUUGGUUUUGAUAAAACGACAAUGGUCAAGAAUCAAACGCCAUAUUGUGAGCUACACAUUGAUACACCUGGCCAUGAGUGAUAUCCUGUAUCUGCUGGUGCUCGGAGUAAUCAGCACUGAGACGCUGAUGAACAAGAUUAUAUCUCCUCUCCUGUGCAAACCGAAAUUUUUCUUUGACGUUCUCUCUCAGCACGUGAGUGCGUGGUUGAUUGUGAUGAUGAGCCACGAGCGAUAUCAGGCCAUGAACAGUCCAUACACUUACAACUCAACAUACCAGACCAAGAAUGCCAUGGCACUGCUGUUUGUAUGGAUCAGUGGAUGCUUUGUUUCCGCACCAAUUGCGAUUUUCACUGAGGCGAUGGAGGAACCAGUGCCGAGUUUGAAUGCGCAAGGGGAAGGGUUCGGCAACUUCACCAUUCUGCACUGUGGCAGCACCUGGGAUCCCCUCUGGAAGUCCGUCUACUUCUCCUCACUGGCCGUGAUGGAAUGUCUGGUCCCUGUUGGGCUGAUGGUGUUCUUCUACUAUGGAGUGUUCAAAAACUUCCUGCGCCAAAUCCAAAACCCAAGAAGCGCCCUCUGCCACAUCAACCAGCACCGUCUGAGCGCCGUGCUCGGAAUGAUAGUUAUCUGUUUCAUCAUCUCGUACGGACCAUUCUACAUUUCCCAGAUGGUCAACGAAUUCCAUGUGUUCACGAAACACCGGGAGACUCUGGUGUAUCUAAGUCUCGUGUUCCAAAUUCUGACAUAUGUCAACAGCUGCAUCAACCCGAUACUCUACAGCGGAUUCACGAAAAAAUUCAUGCUCAUUAAAGACCUGAAUGAGUUCUCGACUCAACUCAACCCGCCACCCGCGUGCGACGGCGACGACACUGGUACUAAAGCGCCGUAUGUACCGUCGACUUCCUUCGAGCUAAGCAACAAACUUGGAAGCACUUGCGGUGCUUAGAACAAAAAUUAAAAUACUGAAAAAAACUAUCAUAUGAAAAUUUGAGUCACAUAAGGUAUCCAAAAUUGCUGAUUCGGAAUAUUAUGUCUGACUUUUAGUGAUAAUUGAUGGCUAAAUGUAUACUUAAAUUAGAAAUUAUGCCGAUAAACCAUUCAAACCACUUAGUAUCACAGAUAUUUUUUUUAUUUUUCUUCCUAAUAAGUUAUUAGCAUGUUUAUUUUGUAGUUACCAUCUUAAAUGUUUCCAUUGGUGCGUACAAUAUUGCAGUAGCACCGUUUCCGUUAGAUAAAUGUUGUAAAUUUAAUGUCUUUCUGUCCUAAUAGUUUUCAAAUUCAACUUAAGAGAAAACGUAUGAGAAAUAAUAGCCCCUUGACUAUAUCAGCUCUUAAAAACCGGUUA